GCAGCCUCGAAACGAAGAAAGAGCACCGCUUUUGUUACAUGUAGCGCCCCCCCUUCGGAACGCUGAGGUGCUUCUCAUUCAACGCCCCCUGAACGGUAACUCAGGUGGUCGGAGGCAUCCACUCGCUUUUCCCACCAGGUUUUCCGCGUGCGCCUGUUAUUGUCACGCCGCGUUCCAACUCCAAACGCCCCGCUGUUCGCCGCCGGCUCGGCUCACUGGGCCGCGUCGGUUAGAUUGGCCGGCGUCGCAGCCAAUGGAACUUGGUUUCCAAGGUGCCGACAGGCCCCGCCCUCCGCAGCGUUUGCAGUAACAAUAUGGCAGCAGCUGCUAUUGGUAGAAUGAGCUCGUCGUGAGAGUGGUGGUGGCGGUACUGCAGCUGGAAAGAAGCCAUCCUGUGUCUGCCUUUCUCGAGCUCCUUGCUCUCGCCACCGCUCUGGGCUGCAGUGCUCAAUCUGUACUCUGGCUGCUGAUUUCUCUGCUCCCUUUUGCCUUCUAAUGUAAAAAGGCUCCAGUUUAGGAACAACAUGGAUUUAUAUCUGUGAUGGUCUGAAUACUAGAGGUUGUGUGCUCUACUCAGAUGGGAAAACAGAAAGAAAGGACAUAUCUUGUUUCUUUAUUGGCGUUGUGCAAGUCGGUGUGACAGGAUUAGAGUCUAAGAAGUUGGAAUUGGUUCUGCUGACAGCAAUAUAGACUGGCAGGGAGGAGGAAGGGAUAGAAGCACCAGUGAUUUAUUUUCUAGGAAAAAAGAGUUAAAGCUGUGAAGUGAAGUGAUGAUGCCUGCAUUUCCUAUUUCCCAGGCUUUAUAGGACUGUCCAAAGGGAAGACUUUUUGAGGAGCAAAUGGAACUUUACCGUCUUGAUUUGGCAGAUGCUUGUGAUCUGCUUGGUGUGCAUUUCCUCUUAAGAGACAUGUAUUGCCUUGAGAAGCCAUGCUGUUUUUAAUGUGAUCUGCGUGUAUUGUUGUUGUUGGACCACCUGUAUAUGUGUGACCUGGAAUACUAUACUUUAGGGUUGCAACACUUCAGGAGGUUUAGCUGUUUUUCCGAUGGAGCAGAGGUUUUUGGCAUAUAUUCACAGGCUCCGACAAGGCAGUAAUGGAGUCUUUGAGUGGCAGCUGGUGAAAGAUUCUGCAGUUCCAGUAACUGCUCAUUUUGAUAGCCUUUGUCGUUCUAUACAUCUAAAUUCCAUAUUUCUUUUGGAGAAAGUAGUGCUGCAUACCAGUGCUGCCUUGUAAGGAUGAUCGAAGAGUGAUAAAUGGAUGGAUUUUCGCUGCCCUUUCCACUGUUGGGGGAGAUACAAUUUUAAACAAAAUGCAAAAGGGUGGAGAGAAUGUUGGAGCUGCUCUGUUGUCAAAUUCGUAAGCCCUUGUCCUAAAGAAUGGACGUGGAGCCUCACUAUGUAGAUCUUUACACCAUGGGAAACGCAGAGAGCCAAAAUGUAGAACAUCAGUUUUAUGGAGAGAAGCCUGCCAGCUUGGGACGAAAGCAUACAUCACGUUCUCUUCGCCUUUCAAACAAGGCAUCUCGCCGGACCAGACAUGCUUCCUCAGGAAAAAUUAUUCACAGGAAUUCGGAAGUAAGCACACGAUCUAGCAGUACUCCUAGUAUCCCUCAGUCAUUAGCAGAGAAUGGCCUGGAGCCUUUUACCCAAGAAGCCAAUUUGGAGGACUUUGGAAGCCCAAUCUGGGUAGACAGAAUGGAUAUGGGCUUAAGACCAGUUUCUUAUCACACGGAUUCUUCUGUUACUCCCAGUGUGGAUAGCAGCACAGUCCUCAUGGCAGCCUCAGUACAGAGUAUGCCAAAUUCAGAAAGUGGCAGACUUUAUGGAGAUGAAUCAACAUAUUUGGCUGAAGGAAGUAGGAGGCAACAUUCCUAUUCAACAAAGGGGACCAAUUUCUUGGAGCCUUUGAGUUUCAAGAAGAAACGUUCAAAAUCUGCGGAUAUCUGGCGGGAGGACAGCUUGGAAUUUUCACUAUCUGAUCUCAGUCAAGAACAUCUGACGAGCAAUGAAGAAAUCCUAGGCUCUGCUGAGGAGAAAGAUGGUGAGGAGACUCGAGGGAGAGAGGCAGGCAGAAGUCGUCAGCCGCUGGUCACCUGCCAGCGUGCUAAUUCCAUGAGUGACUUGUAUUCUCCCCCAAACUCAAAUGUGACAAUAAAUGGGGGUCCACAAAAUACACUAGGAGGGUACUGUCGGAAUUUAAUAUCUCAUAUCCCAGAUACUGAGAACCACAAAAUGUUACCAGCUGCAACGGAGAAUGUUCCUUCUUACAGUAAUUACAACACACUCCCCUGCAGGAAGUCUCAUUGCCUCUCUGAAGGAAUCACUCACCCCAAAAUGAGCCAUAGCAACAGUAUGCAUGGCAGACGAGCAAAAACGACUCAGGAUGUUAAUACAGGUGAAGGGAGUGAAUUUGCGGACAGUGGGAUUGAGGGUGCAAUGACUGACACAGACCUCCUUUCUAGACGUUCAAACACCACAAACUCCAGUUACUCUCCAACAACCAGCCGGGCCUUUGCUGGCAGUGACAGUGGCAGCUCUUCUACUGGAGAUGGGGCUCGUCAGGGAGUCUAUGAGAACUUUCGGAGGGAGCUGGAGAUGAGCAGCACUAAUGAUAACUUGGAUGAAGCUGGUUCUGCCUUGAGCGAUGAGCAGAGCAGUGGAACUUUGAGUUCCCCAGGACAGUCAGACAUUCUUCUUACUGCAGGCCAAGGGACUGUACGGAAAGCAGGAGCUCUUGCAGUGAAAAACUUCCUCGUCCACAAAAAGAACAAGAAGGUGGAGUUGGCCACACGGCGGAAAUGGAAGCAGUAUUGGGUUUCCUUAAAAGGGUGCACUUUAUUCUUCUAUGAAAGUGAUGGCAGAUCUGGAAUAGACCACAACAGCAUCCCAAAACAUGCCGUCUGGGUGGAAAACAGCAUAGUGCAAGCAGUGCCUGAGCACCCAAAGAAAGACUAUGUUUUCUGCCUCAGCAAUUCCCUUGGUGAUGCAUUUCUGUUUCAGACUUCUAGCCAAACAGAAUUGGAGAACUGGAUUACAGCAGUUCAUUCUGCUUGUGCAGCAGCAGUUGCCCGGCAGCACCACAAAGAAGAUACUGUCAAGCUGUUGAAAACUGAGAUUAAAAAAUUGGAACAGAAGAUUGAUAUGGAUGAGAAGAUGAAGAAAAUGGGUGAAAUGCACUUCCUCAGUUUGUCUUCUGUCAGAGACUCCAAGAAGAAGAAGACCAUUCUUGAUCAGAUCUUUGUUUGGGAGCAAAACCUGGAACAGUUCCAAAUGGAUCUCUUUCGGUAUCGUUGUUACUUAGCUAGCCUCCAAGGUGGGGAACUGCCAAAUCCAAAAACAUUGCUUGCGUUUGCAAGUCGUCCUACUAAAGAUGCAAUGGGCCGUCUUGGAAUCUUUUCAGUCUCUUCUUUUCAUGCACUGGUGGCUGCUCGCACAGGUGAGUCUGGGGUCAGAAGAAGAACACAGGCUAUGUCGAGAUCAGCAAGCAAACGAAGAAGCCGGUUUUCUUCCCUUUGGGGCUUGGACACCACUUCAAAGAAAAAGCAAGGGAGACCAAGCAUUAAUCAGGUGUUUGGUGAAGGAGCGGAUUCUGUAAAGAAAUCUUUAGAAGGAAUAUUUGAUGACACCGUUCAAGAAAGCAAGAGAAAAAAAGAAGUGGCACUAACCACAGUCCAUCCACAUAAUCCUGACUCUGACAUCUGGGUUCAUGAGUAUUUCACGCCAUCUUGGUACUGCCUGCCAAAUAACCAGUCUGCUCUGACUGUAGUCCACCCAGGGGACACAACACAAGAUGUCCUGGAAAUGACUUGUAAGGCUCAUCAGCUAGAUUACUCGGCUCACUAUCUCCGUCUUAAGUUCCUGACAGGAAACCAAAUGCAAUCCUAUGUACCAAAGCCAGAAGAAGAUAUUUAUGAAUUGUUAUAUAAAGAAAUUGAAAUCUGUGAGAAAAUUACACAUCAAAUUCAAAUUGAAAAAUCUGAUACAUUAUCUGAUAACUAUGGUUUUUCUCUGUCCUCUGUGGAAGAAGAAGGGAUUCGGCGGCUGCAUGUAAACAGUGUCAAAGAGACAGGUCUGGCUUUCAAAAAAGGUCUAAAAGCUGGUGAUGAAAUUAUUGAAAUUAAUAAAAAAGCUGCAGAAGUCCUGAAUUCAGCCAUGCUAAGAGAUGUCCUUGUUCAGCCUUCUCUGUGCCUUACAGUACGGACUUAUCCUGAGAGAGAGGCAGGGCAGAAACUAACACAGCUGCCACCACGCCGCACAGAUGGUUCUCUUGACCUGACUGACAGUCCAUUGCGCUCUGUUGGCAGUAGCCAAGGACACUUGGUCUGCAGUGAUCAAGACAGCUGUGCUGAGACAACCCCAGAAGCAGCAGAAGUGCAUCUCUUGGAGUCAUCUGAUGAGGGUGAUAAAACAAGCAAGAGUACGGAACAGGUUGCUGCUUUUUGUCGCAGUCUUCAUGAGAUGAAUUCGUCUGACUCUAAUGUGACCCCUCAGGAAUUUAUUGGGCCUCAGCAAGCCACCACAAGACAGCUAACUGAUGCUGACAAACUGCGCAAGGUCAUUUGUGAACUCCUUGAAACAGAACGCACAUAUGUCAAGGAUUUAAAUUGUCUAAUGGAGAGAUACCUGAAACCUCUACAAAAGGAAACUUUUCUUACUCAAGAAGAGCUUGAUGUUCUUUUUGGAAACUUGACUGAAAUGGUGGUAUUUCAAGUAGAAUUCCUGAAAACCCUUGAAGAUGGGGUGAGGUUGGUUCCAGAUCUGGAAAAGCUUGAAAAGGUUGACCAGUUUAAAAAAGUGUUAUUUUCCUUGGGUGGCUCCUUCCUUUAUUAUGCUGAUCGUUUCAAGCUAUACAGUGCCUUCUGUGCCAGUCAUACAAAAGUUCCAAAAGUCCUUGUGAAAGCUAAGACGGACACAGCAUUUAAGGCUUUCUUGGAUGCUCAGAAUCCUAGACGACAACACUCAUCAACCUUAGAGUCAUACCUCAUCAAACCCAUCCAGAGGAUAUUGAAGUAUCCUCUUCUUCUGAAAGAACUGUUUGCCCUUACUGAUGCAGAGAGUGAAGAACAUUAUCACCUUGAUGUGGCCAUAAAAACAAUGAACAAAGUUGCAAGCCAUAUUAAUGAAAUGCAGAAAAUCCAUGAAGAAUAUGGUGCUGUGUUUGACCAGCUCAUUGCAGAACAAACAGGAGACAGAAAAGAGGUUGCAGAUCUUUCUAUGGGAGACUUACUUUUGCACACCACAGUCAUCUGGCUUAAUCCCCCUGCAUCGCUUGGGAAGUGGAAAAAGGAACCAGAAUUGGCAGCUUUUGUAUUCAAAACUGCUGUAGUUCUUGUGUAUAAAGAUGGCUCCAAACAGAAGAAAAAAUUGGGAGGAUCACAUAGGGCUUCAAUAUAUGAAGACUCAGACCCAUUCCGUUUCCGUCACAUGAUUCCUUUAGAAGCUCUACAAGUUCGGGCACUGGCUAGCGCAGAUGCAGAGACCAAUUCCGUCUGUGAAAUAGUUCAUGUGAAAUCUGAGUCUGAAGGCAGGCCAGAAAGGUCAUUCCACCUUUGUUGUAGUUCCCCAGAACAUCGGAAGGAUUUUCUGAAGUCUGUGCAUUCAAUAUUACGUGACAAACACAGAAGGCAGCUUCUAAAAACCGAAAGUUUACCUUCAUCCCAGCAGUAUGUUCCUUUUGGAGGAAAAAGAUUGAGUGCUUUAAAGGGUGCAAGGCCAGCUAUGAACAGGGCAGUGUCUGCCCCAAGCAAGUCUCUUGGGAGGAGGAGGAGGAGGCUGGCUCGAAAUAGAUUUACUAUUGAUUCAGAUGCUGUCUUUGCCAGCAGUCCUGAGAAAGAGUCCCAGCCGGCAUCCAGCAACAAGGACACUGACCGCUGGGUAGAAGAACAAUUUGACCUUGGCCAAUAUGAAGAGCAAGAGGACAUAAAAGAAACAGACAUUCUCAGUGAUGAUGAUGAAUACUGUGAGCCUCUGAGGAAUACAAUGGUUGAAAAAGACCUUCAGGAUCAGUUACAGGCAGCUUCCAUUACAAGCAACCAGUCAUAUCGAGGAGACAAAGUGCGGUAUGCCAUGGGCACACAUGCUUCCAGAAUGGCUCAGUUAAAGAAACAAGCUGCUCUGUCUGGAAUUAAUGGUGGUAUGGAAGGCAACAGUGAAGAGGUCAUCUGGGUUCGCCGUGAAGAUUUUGUACCACCAAGGAAACUGAACACUGAGCUUUAGCCCCAUCACUUUCUUGUUAGACAGUAGGCAUAGCUGUGCCCCCAGCCCACCCCUUACACAUUGUGGAGAAUGAUCCUUUAGAAUGCACACUUGCACAUACAGUUAUGGCAGCUAAACUGGUUGAAACCACACAACCUCUCUCUCUCUCUCUUUCCUUUAAGGUAAUGCAUAAUGGGGGGGAGGGGGGGAGGGAAAACAAAAUUUGGGAAUGGAAUGAGCUUGAGUCCUUCUCUGUACAUUACCAAGGGCUUUAUUUAUUCUAAACUAAUCGGGCUGCAUAUUGAACUGGGAUGCGUAGAUAUGACUAGAAAACACGUUGCUGUGGGUGUUCUUUUUUUAAAAAAACGCAGCAAAUUAGCUUAAGUGAUAGCACAUGCAGCAAACAAAUUUUGUAUGUGACAUGUCAAUCAUAGGUUCAUCUUAAACAAAGAAGCUUCAAGGAAACAAGGAAUAUCUGCAGUAUUCUUAAUCCAUUUUCCUCUUAAACUUCAGAGAUUCUCAACCUAAUCCUGCAAGGGUGAUCCAUGCACAGAAACAGACAUCUUUGCGUGGACUUUGGUAAUUUAUGGGACACUACCAUUGGAAAUGGUGUUUGAGUGGAGGAAAACACUUCUUCCAGUACCUGGGAGAUAUGCAUGGGGUGGACCUGCACUGCAUAUGCACUGCUGAACAGAUCUUUGGCACUGUCAGCUCUGAGUGGUCCAGUAACUUGUUUGGAGAGGGUCUAGAACCAGGCUGUCCUUUCUUCUGUCCCUUAGCAAGUGAUCGGUGCUGACAACACUAAACAUUUGUUUGGAGGGGAGGUACUUGCACACAGUAGCAUUCACAAAGCUUACUGUCACCAGGUGAGGAUCUCUGGAUCCAGUGACAUUAUGUAUAUUUUAGAAAUGUGUAGAGGAAAAAUCUGGAAUUUAUGUUGUGCCGAGUUCUCUUUGGUCUGUGGCUUGUCUAAUUUAAUGUCAAUGUUGGAAGUUCUAGUUUUACAUGAAAAUUAUAACAAUGCCAAACUCUUUUUUAUUUGAAAAAGUGACCCGAAUUUAACACUUGAAAAAAAAUUUUUUUUGUGUGUAUUUUACCUGAAAUGCAAGGGCAGAACAGGAUGGGCAUUUUAUAGUGUUAGCCUGCAAUCUUAUGCACACUUAUCAAAGAAUAAGUCCCAUUUAACGCAGCAGGAUUUAAUUCCAAGUAAAUGUGCAUAGGAUUGUGUUUCGUUCCAACUCUAGGAUGUAAAGCAAUCCUUUUAGAAAGGAUUGAGGAUGUUGGUUUUAUAGUAUAAUGCUAAACUGGAAACUCGUAGGGAUAAUCUUUUUUCAUUUCUUUCAUUUUUCUUUUUUGUAAAAUAGAAAUAAAACUGAACAGCUGUACAUAUUUGAGACUGGAAUUAAGUUAGCAAUGUCAAUAAAUAGCUGAGGAACCAAGAGGGUUAAUUGAAUCUCUGAUGUAGUUCUGUUGGAAUUGGCACAUUGCAUCUAGGAUGAGUUUGAUCCUCUGUGGUUGAUGACAUUAGGGCUCAGGAAAAAUUGAACAUUUUGUGGCCAAAAAAGUGACCUCAUCCUAUUAUUAUGUGAUAUUAGUGUACUUAAUGAUUGCUCCUCCCCCAUCCCCCGCUAUGGAAUAUGAGCAAUGUUUUAAACAAGCAAACAAUCCUCUUUUCAAUUGUAAGCUUUGUAUUUAAACAUCUGUAACAGGGUAAAAAUGUGACUAAAAUUUUAAAGAUUUCCAAAUAAUUUUUACAAAGCACUUUUUCUGUUUAAAUAUUUAUAUAUAGCUUUCUCAUUUUAGUUUUGAUCUGCAAAAACAUGGGGGGAAGAGUUGUUUGGUUGGUUUUUUGAAGGGGUCAUUUUUGUAUCUAUUGAUGUUUGACACAUUAGUGGGUACAUUGAAAACCUAACAUUUUAUAAUAGCUAUAGGGAUUAUAUUUUAUACAAUCAGCUGUGGCUAUAUUUUGAGAUGUGAAUGGAAAAUGUUACCUAGCAACAUCCGCUGUUUUGUGUUCUGGCCAAUCUUGGAGUCUCACCCGCAGUAUACUCAGUGUUUUGAAAGUUUUAUUCUCUUUAACUUUUGCAGUCUUUUUAAUUGUUUUUUCUUAAAAAGCUUUAGCAAGGUUUCUACACCCUAUGUAUCUCACCAUAUUUAAAUUCAAGCCAGUUGUGUACCAAUUUAUUAGAGCUGACAAUGUUUUAGCUGUCCCCAGUGAACUACAAUAAGCCUGUGAAAAUGCUGGACGUCCUGUGCUUGGAGGGUGCCAUUGUUCUUGUACAUAAUGUCAUAAACUGUCGAUGUCAAAGGUUCUUCUAUAUUUCUUUUAUAAGCUGAAAGAAGGUCUAUUUUUAUGUUUUUAGGUAUAUGAAUGGAACGUUGUAAAUGCCUGUCAAAUAAAAUAA